GCUCAAAGCUGGAGAGACGGCUGCAGUCAUCGCCCGGGAGUUAGCAGAGCAAACGAAGCGUAAUCUCCAGGCGGGAGACAUCACGUUCACCGUGAAGGCCAUGGUGCAGCUGGUGGACCUGCUCGACGUGCAGCUCAGGAACCUGACGCCCGGUGGCAAAGACAGCGCUGCACGGAGCCUCAACAAGCUGCAGAAAAGAGAGCGUUCUUGCCGCUUUUAUGUUCAGGCCAUGGUGGAGACGGUCAACAAUCUGCUGCAGCCGCAGGCGCAGGCGGCGUGGAGACAGCUGAGCACCGCGGAGCAGCUGAGGGCCGCCACCACGCUGCUGGACACGGUGGAGCAGGGCGCCUUCAUCCUCGCCGACAACCUGCUGAAGACCGACAUCGUGCAGGAGAACACCGAGAACAUCCAGCUGGAGGUGGCGAGGAUGAGCACUGAUGGGAACUUACCCGAUCUGAAGUUCCCACAGACCGGAGGACAGGGCAACUCCAUCCACCUGUCGGCCAACACGCUCAAGCAGCACGGGAGAAACGGUGAGAUCCGGAUUGCGUUUGUUCUGUACAAACACAUCGGGCUCUACCUCUCAACGGAAAACGCCAGCAUGAAGCUGGGCAGCGAGGCGAUGGCGACCAAUUACUCGGUCAUCGUUAACUCCCCGGUCGUCACGGCGGCCAUCAACAAGGACUCCAACAAAGUGUACCUCUCCGACCCGGUCAUCUUCACCAUCAGACAUCUGCAGCAGUCUGAGGAGAACUUCAACCCCAACUGUUCGUUCUGGAGUUACUCCAAGAGGACCAUGACGGGUUUCUGGUCCACGCAGGACUGCCGCCUGCUCGGCACCAACCGCACACACACCACCUGCUCCUGCACACACCUCACCAACUUCGCCGUGCUCAUGGCCCACGUGGACGUCAAG